UAAAAACCGCGCUCUCUGAGCAUAUCCAUCCAUACUAUUUGGCAGCUGCCACCUCACACGUCUCCUGAUACUUUGGAGGACUCUUCCCCUUUGCUGUACCUGCCAUCAUGGCUCACCGAUUUCCAGCCCUCACCUCAGAGCAGAAGAAGGAGCUCUCUGACAUCGCCCAGCGCAUUGUUGCCAAUGGGAAGGGCAUCCUGGCUGCAGAUGAAUCUGUGGGCACCAUGGGAAAUCGCCUACAAAGGAUAAAGGUGGAAAACACGGAAGAGAACCGAAGGCAGUUCCGGGAGCUCCUCUUUAGCGUGGACAAUUCCAUCAGCCAGAGCAUCGGUGGAGUGAUCCUUUUCCAUGAGACCCUCUACCAGAAGGACAGCCAGGGAAAUCUGUUCAGAAACAUUCUCAAGGAGAAGGGAAUUGUGGUGGGCAUCAAGUUGGACCAAGGAGGUGCCCCGCUUGCAGGAACAAACAAAGAAACCACCAUUCAAGGGCUUGAUGGCCUCUCUGAACGCUGUGCUCAGUACAAGAAAGAUGGAGUUGACUUUGGGAAGUGGCGUGCUGUGUUGAGGAUCGCUGACCAGUGUCCCUCCAGCCUUGCUAUCCAGGAAAAUGCCAAUGCUCUGGCUCGCUAUGCCAGCAUCUGUCAGCAGAAUGGGCUGGUACCUAUUGUUGAGCCAGAGGUGCUUCCUGAUGGAGACCAUGACCUGGAGCACUGCCAGUAUGUUUCUGAGAAGGUUCUGGCUGCUGUCUACAAGGCUCUCAAUGAUCACCAUGUUUACCUAGAAGGCACCCUGCUAAAGCCAAACAUGGUGACUGCCGGACAUGCCUGCACCAAGAAGUAUACACCAGAGCAAGUGGCCAUGGCCACCGUCACAGCUCUCCACAGAACUGUUCCUGCAGCUGUUCCUGGCAUCUGCUUUUUGUCUGGAGGCAUGAGUGAGGAGGAUGCUACACUUAACCUCAAUGCUAUCAACCGUUGCCCUCUACCAAGGCCCUGGAAGCUAAGCUUUUCAUAUGGAAGAGCCCUCCAGGCCAGUGCAUUGGCUGCCUGGGGUGGCAAGGCUGCAAACAAGAAGGCAACCCAGGAAGCUUUCAUGAAGCGGGCCGUGGCCAACUGCCAGGCGGCUCAAGGACAGUAUGUUCACACAGGCUCUUCAGGUGCUGCUGCCACCCAGUCGCUCUUCACAGCCUCCUACACCUACUAGAUACUGUCACCCACCAGCCAGGCUCCAGUUCUCUUAAAUAUUUUGGUUGGAGCCCCGAAAGGCUUCAGUCAACCCUGGAAAUUAGAUAACAUUUGAUUGCAUUUCUGAAAACACAACGCAUGUGAAUCACAAACACAGGGGAAAAGCCGAAUCAGCUUGGAAACGCGAGUAUGAGCAUGGCACCCAAUAGUCUCUGAACGCCUCCAGUUCCCUGUGUUCCAGAACAUUCAUCCAAGGAAAGAACAGGCUCUCCAAGGAAAGUCAGCCUUUCAUGCGCACAGCCAUUACUGAGAAAAGCAACUCAGAAGCAGAGGGUGGGGAAGGGCAUUUUAAUAAACAUACUUACCAGGGGUUGGUUAUAGAAGAGGCUCAGCAACAGAAAAAUAAAUAAAAAGUGUAUGAACCUUCA